AUGGUAUCCUUCGAAGUUGUCUCACUUUUCACGUCCAUCCCACCAGACUUGGCGCGCGACGUGCUACGCAAACGCCUCGAAGAAAAGUACAACGAAACGACAGGGCCGCUAAAGAUCCAGCACCUAAUGCAGCUCUUUGCAUUCUGCCAACGAACCUUUUUCACCUUCGAUGGCAGAACAUACGAACAAAUCAAAGGAACACCCAUGGGUUCCCCAAUAUCCAGCCUAGUUGCGGAAUUGGUCCUACAAGAGCUGGAAAAGGUUGCGUUCAGCCAUUACAAACCUGCGUUUUGGCGCCGAUACGUGGACGAUACAUUCGUCAUUAUUGAAAAGGAUAAGCUAUCGGGUUUCCAAGACCUACUUAACAGCAUAUUCCCCGACAUCCAGUUUACAAGAGAAGACGAGGAGGACGAAAAACUAUCCUUCCUGGACGCGCUCGUCACGCGCACACCUGACGGUGAACUCAGCACUACAGUGUACAGAAAGGCGACUAAUACAACCCAGGUCCUCAACUAUCAUAGCAACCACCCAUUGGUGCACAAACGGGGCUGUGUGAGGGCGCUUUUCGACCGGGCAAAAACGCACUGUAGCGAGCCCGAAGGAAGGAUGCAAGAACUACGGCAUCUCCGGGACCAAUUAACAAAGAACGGCUACCCAGAUAGCUUCAUUAGCCGCUGCGUACGCACGCACCUACGACGGACAAACGGAAGAGAGACACCAACAAUUUGGCACUCCUUACCGUACAUAAAGAAUGUGCCCGAGGCUACAGAACGCAUCGCGUCGGAGCUAGGCGUGGGCAUCGCUCAUCAUCCGGCGGCCACCACGCGUAGCAACAAGACAGGGCGAGAGCUGUUGGAGGCGUGGGUGUCGGACACCAACUCCAUCAACAGACACAUCGAUUUGCCUGCGUGUUAUCACGCGCUCCGCCCACACAGCCAGGUAGCGCAGCUCACACCGUCGCGAAGUGCAAAUGGCGUCACCACGCCGGGGGAACAUCGUGGACCAGGCGGCACAAACCCUACCUAG